UGCUGCUGUCACUGCUCAGAUUCGUCUCCGCUGUGGAUUCGAUGCAUGCGAAUUUCGCCGCCCGCCCUUGCUAACUUUAGCCACCUCUGCGACCAGCUCGUACUUUCGUCUCCGCACGUACGCAACCAAUCACUCCGUCGCUGCUGAGUUUCGAGGUUGGUACCCACCUCAGCUUCGGUGGUAGGAACGUGUUGCCGCACUGUGUAAGGGUGGGGACGUAGCUUGGAGGUGUUGGGAGUGCAGUUGUCUGAGGAGCUCGUGGGUGAGCUUGGCCAGGGUAGAAUUCAUUCGUAGGGCUUGACGUGCUGUCCACGGAGUUUGCCGCGGACCCAGUGUCGGUGUCUGAUCGGAGAUGGCGUGCACUAAGACUUUGUCAGACAGCGGCAAUGGCACUGUCAGCGACUCGGUCUGAGUUGGCGAGCCUUCUGAUUUUGUACGCCUCCCUCACACACUCUUCGAGCCUUCGCUUUCUCUUGAUGAAGAAGAACACCGAGUCGUUUACACACGAUGCAAUUACUCUUGACGUGGCUAGUUCCUUAAUCUGCUUCUGUGCGGUGAAAUCAGUCGUCUCUUGUUGACGAGGUGGGCACAGGGUUUGCACUUUCUUGUGGGUCAACACGGAGAAUUAGGCAGUUGGAGAUACUGGCCACCUUUUAUGCUUUUUUAUUUGCUACGUCAGCAAGUGAUCAGAAGUGCAUGCAUCGACUUGCUAGAGCUCAGGUACUCAAGUGAUUGCAACUAGUUUGACCGCGACGAAGGCUGGGAAUGCUUUUGGUGCCUGAUUGGAACCGCCAUGGUGUGCAUGCGAGGAUUGCUAACCCCUAUCUGCUAAAACUUGAGGAAUCUGUCUUCAUCAAGGCCUUGAGAACUGCAGGUGAGGAUAAGAUGGACAUGUACGCUCAAGAGGCCAAGCGAAAAGGGAUUUACACUUACGACGCAGCAUGGACGAUCUACGGGAUGAAUUGGAGCGUGCGAAGGGAUAGCAAGUUCCGUCUCGCUGUCGGAAGUUUUAUUGAGGAGUACAGAAACAUGGUGGAGAUAGUGCAACUGGAAGACGAAACAGGAAAGUUUCAAGUCGAUCCGAAGCUGUCGUUCGACCAUCCAUACCCGGCGACCAAAAUCAUGUUCAUUCCGGACAAGGAGAGCGCGAAGCCCGACCUGAUGGCCACAACAAGCGACAACCUCCGCAUUUGGCAGAUUCACGAGGAUAAAGUUGAACUCAAGAGCCUGUUGAACAAUCGACAAAAUAGAGAUUACUGCUCGCCCCUCACGUCGUUCGACUGGAACGAAUUCGACAUGCGGAGGCUGGGAACGAGCAGUAUUGACACGACGUGCACCAUCUGGGACAUCGAGAGAGGCAUUGUGGACACUCAACUCAUCGCCCAUGACAAGGAGGUUCACGAUAUCGCAUGGGGUGGAAUCGGCGUCUUCGCGUCUGUGUCGGCGGACGGCUCCGUCCGUGUCUUCGACCUCCGGGAUAAGCAGCACUCCACCAUUAUUUACGAGAGCCCACAACCAGGCACACCGCUCCUCCGCCUGGGAUGGAACAAAGACGACCCUCGCUUCAUGGCUACAAUACUAAUGGAUUCGUCGAAAGUGGUCAUAUUAGACAUUAGGUAUCCGACGGUCCCGGUCUCGGAGUUGCAGAGGCAUCAAGCUUGUGUGAACGCCAUAGCUUGGGCUCCACACAGCGCCUGCCAUAUAUGCACAGCCGGUGAUGAUUCGCAGGCUCUCAUAUGGGAUAUGUCAGCAAAGCCAGUGGACGGCGGAUUGGACCCAAUUCUGGCAUACACCGCAGGAGGAGAGGUGAACCAGGUGCAGUGGUCUGCGUCGCAUUCCGAUUGGGUUGCCAUAGCAUUUGGAAACAAGCUCCAAGUCCUCCGCGUGUAGCUCGCCCCCUUCGCCACCCACCCACUUUGAAACCCUAAUUUAUCCUUACUGUCCACAUUUUUGAAGAAUCACAACACCGAAUAGGACCUAACGAUUAGUUUGAGAAUGCAAUACCUUCUUUGAUUCUCACCUACAGCCCCGCCCUGUGGGUAUUAGGGUUGUUACAAUUUGCAGAGGACUGCCUGAAUAUGGUUUGUAGGCAAACACCAAAUCGUUGUUUCCAAUACUUCCCCGCACCAGGACCGUCUCGAAAGACAUGUAUAGGUGAAGUCUAAUGGCUCGCACAACCCAGGUUGAGAUGUAGAUGAGGACUAAGUGACUAAUUCUGAGCAAUUUAGGGGGAGGUGUGUAGGAUUCUAGCACUCUGACCUUGUAACAAUGCCGCCCUGAACACUGACUGCAACCCUUGUAGAGCUGCUACCGUGACAAUCUGUGAGGGAACCCUAACCCAUGUCACCAGCAUUCUGCUCCUCCAUUGGAAUACCCACAUAGCCAUUUUUGUGUGUUGUGCUCAAGAAUGAUUGUUGGGAGGGCGUAAGAUGUAUUGGAAAGUUGUCUUGACUACUGUAUAACAAAAACAGACCAACAUGGGAGGUAAAGGAUUAGUCUUUAGAAUAUGAUUAUACCCACCGUUCAAAGUUCUUGGUUUCAUCUCUUGGUACAACUAUUUUUAAUGGGUAUUUCUUUUUAAUGUUAAUGACAAUAGAUGUUCAAGUCAAUUUAGGAAUGAUAGCCGUAUCCAUUAUCUAAGUUUCUUUGUUGUAUAGGUGGUAUUUUAUUCAAUGUUUUUUUAAAAAAAUAAAUUUUUUGCUUGUA